GCACUGUGUUUGUUAUUGUAAGGGAAGAUGGAAACGGCAGCGUUCUAACACCAGAAGACUUGGCGCUUUAAAGCAGACUGCCAAGAUGGGGAUAUGAGAUAGAGGCCAGGGAUUGGCACAUGACAAAAGAACAUCUAAGCCACACUACUGGUCCAUCUAGCUCAGUAUUGUCCACACUGACAGGCAGUGGCUUUCUGGGGUUUCAGGCAGGAAGUCUCUCCCAAGCCCUACUUGGAGAUGCUGGGCAUUGAAGCUGGAACUUCCUCUGCAUUCAGAUGCUCUGCCACUGAGCCAUGGAGCAGUGUGGAUGGGAUCAACAGAGAAGAUGCAAACGCUAAUGUCAUGUCUCUCUCCUGUUUGCCAGGGUCCUGUGCUGGAAGGAAAUCUAAGAUGAAGUUAUGGGAUGUGGUUGCUGUCUGCAUGUUGCUACUCAACACAAUCUCCACCUUUCCUCUUCCUGAUGGCCAGACCCGCUCAGUGCUAGAGGGAACUGAAGACGAUCACACCUCCAACCGGCUGCUGACUCCCUAUGCUGGCCAAAUGGACUCUAAUAUUUCUGAGGAUUAUCCCAAGCGGCUUGGUGACGUAGAAGAUUUCAUUCAAGCCACUAUCAAAAUCCUGAAGAGGUCACCAGAUAAACCAACGCCGUAUAGCUCUAAAAAGGAAAGAAACCGUCAACGUGCAGCAAAGAACAAUAAUAAUUCCAGCAGCAGAAAAGGACGGAGAGAUCCGAAGGGAAGAAACCGGGAUUGUGUCUUAACUGAGAUGCACUUAAAUGUGACUGACUUGGGCUUGGGAUACAACACCAAAGAAGAGUUGAUUUUCCGGUAUUGUAGUGGUUCCUGCGAGUCCGCUGUAACCGUGUAUGACCAAAUUUUAAACAAUUUAACCCAAAACAGAAAGUUGGCCAGUGACAAAAUCAGACCACAGCCUUGCUGCAGACCCAUUGCAUACGAUGAUGAUGUUUCGUUUUUGGAUGAUGACCUAUCAACUUAUCACAUACUGAAAAAACAUUCCGCGAAAAGAUGUGGGUGUGUCUGACAUCCUUUUUGGCUUUGAUAUUGCAUUCCUGCUAAAGAAGGGUCCAAGGCUCCCAAGAAGAUGGAAUGUGGUGGCUUCAGAGGAAGGCAAAAGGACCAAGCAUAUGGGAGAACAACAAGAAGACGGGAUAUAAAUCAAUCUAAAUAUAAUAAUGAUAACAAUUGUGGGAGCCUGGUUGUUAGAAAUCCAACACAGGAGAAUUGGGUAGGAUACAACCGCUGGGGCGUUUUGUUACUACAGGAAGGCAAGUAAGCAUCAAUGCUCAGGGGCAGAGAUCCAAGACGGAUGGAAGAUUCUUAACAACAUUUGCUUUAAGGCGAUCCACUGUUAGUAAACCUUGGCAAGGCAGGUGCUUAACAACACAAUCUCUGUCAGAUGACUUGCUCCGCUCCUCUUUGUUUUUUCUUCUUCUUUCUGUUACGGAAUUGGAAGUAACAACCACCCACCGCUGGCCUUGACCCCAAAAUAUUGGGCAGAGGGGCAGGGGGAUCCUUUAUUUAUUUAUUUAUUCCAUAAAAUCUAUACACCGCUAGAUUGUCACAGGAACCUCAAAGCGGUUUACACACACACACACACAAAAAGAUAAAACAGUAAGAUGUUCAGUAAAACAUAAAAUAAAAGACAACAAUGAUUUAAAGCAUAGAAAAUUUAAAACCAGUGAAAACAGCAGGUGCAAUACCUAGCAUUUAUCACCGGCGAAUUUUCCACUUGAGGCAGAGCAGGCGGAAAAAUGGAAAGAAGUUAAGUAACAAGAGAGUAGGAUGUGGGGCUCUUAAGCCUGCUACUCAGCUUGCCCCAGGCACCGCCUUGAGCCAAAGAUUGGGGAGGUUCGGCUGCCUGGCGUGCGCCUGUGAUGUCAUGUGCGUGACACGCAUCAUCAGGAGGCGGGGCGUCAUUGGCAGGAGGUCUUGCCCAGUGCUGCACAGCUUCAAUGGCCGCAGCUCUUCCUCUCUCUCGUACCCAGAAGGAAUCUGCCUUUUGACCGUGUUUGGCGGCUUGGCCUCUUCUACCCCUUUAAUCUUUGGGGGGCUGAGCUUCCGGCUAAGGAAUAUUGAGGGGGGCUGAUGGCACCCCUGCCCCCUAGAGUUGGUGUGGCUGCAGCAUACCCUGGUAUUAUAGAAACCACAGCAGCACCAUUCCUGUCUGUUCCCACCAGGAUAUCAUGAAACCCUCUCCUUCUUCCACCGUCAGAGUCAGGAGAACCCCCCCCCCACAGCUAUGCUGUAGCUUCUCUGCUCAACAGUAUCAGCUUUCACAAAAUUAGGUUAACGUGAGAAUGGAGAGGAACAGACUUUCCAUGUACUGGGUUUCUCAUGUUACCUGGUAGAGCAGGAAGCCGUGGCACUCUCGAAGCUCUCACACCACGGAGGUAACCUGAGUAGCAAGCCUAAGGUGUCAGCAAAAAUAUUUUGAGCCUGCCAUUCUAUAUCUGCUUACGUGGGGAUAAGGCCCAUUGAUCUUGUUGAGAUUUGGGUUUUUUUAGUAGAUAGGAACAGGAUUGCACUGUUGGUAUAUUGGCAAGCAGGGCUUCCAGUUAGCUAGCUAAAAUUCCACCCGCUCUUGAAAAGCAGUUCCAACACAAAAGUUGCGAAUUGAACUCAAGCACGAUUAUUGGAAUUGGGGGAGAAAUAAGAGUUUCCUUUUCAUCUUCUCCCUGAAUACAAGUUGUGUUUUUAACCACUUGCUCCUGCCUCGGCUACGCCAUGGGAAAAAAAUGUGGAUCUUUUUUUCUUCUUGGUUUACAAAAAGGACUAAAGGUCACUUACUUAAAGGACUACAUUUCUAUUUGAGGUCGUCGUGAGUGAACAAAGACUACUUGGUGCAAUGCAUCCGGUCAGAGACAAAUCUAGAGAAAAUAUUUAUUGAGAUUUAAGUUAUUAUGAUGAUGAUUAUUUAUUACGGUUCGGUCUUGAGUUUCCUUUCCUUUAUUUAUUAAAGCUUCUUUCUUCAAAACAGGUGCCAAAGUUAACAAUGAGACACAGAUGCUGGGAACAACGGUCCAUGGUUGAUAUAUGAAAUGCUAACUUUUAAAAAAAUCACUUACUUUACCUUUUGAAUGAAAAUCACAGAACCACCUCAUAACUGAUAGGCCAGUUCUGUAGUACCUCUACACAUACACACACACACACACACACACACGGUCUUGUUUUGGUAUCAGUGGAGCAUUGCUGUGCAAGAGAAAGAAUAAGCAGUUUGCUGGUAAUUUUGUUGCACGAUCGAAUCUGGCGCGCAAUAGACUGUGCAAUAGGCUUCCAUUAGUGCAGUUGGUAUGGAGAAUCCCUCUGUCAUACAACAUUAAAAUACAUCUGUCUGCUAGUGUUCCACUACUGGAACUAUUGAAUGCAGUCCUAGGUACUUUAAAUACUCAAGACACAGGCCCGUGACAGGAAAGUGCAUAAAAUUUGCAUAUGCUUAUAUAUAUAUAUAGAUGAAAAUUUAGGUUUCUGGGCAAAUUAAGAUGGUGGAUGCCUGGGGUCUCACCAACAGAGUACUUUACAGCAAGUGCAGCUGCCCUGUAAGCAAAGUGAAGUUUUGGGGUUUUUUAGAUUUUAAAAGGGCAGCAGAGGAAGAAGAUCUGGGGAGCACUGAAAAAGACUUGGGUUCAAGUCCUUUGUUCCCCAAAACAGACCCCCUGCACAUGGUGAUGUGUUUCAUUACUGAACUCAUUCAACUAGUUGCAAGUUCUGCUGAAGAAGGCAGCGCCGUCAAUCCAUCUAUGAUUGAUCACCCCAAUCCAAAAUAAGGAGAUGUAACCAUGAAUUCAGGCUUAUGGGCAAGAAGCUUCUGUAGAUGAAACUCUGGAUGCUCAAGUAUAUUUAGAAGUGAUGCUCUUUUGAAACAUAGAAUCAUAGAGUUGGAAGAGACCACAAGGGCCAUCCAGUCCAACCCCCUGCCAAGCAGGAAACACCAUCAAAGCAUUCUUGACAUAUGCCUGUCAAGCCUCUGCUUAAAGACCUCCAAAGAAGGAGACUCCACCACAAUCCUUGGGAGCAAAUUCCAUUGUCAAACAGCUCUUACUGUCAGGAAGUUCUUCCUAAUGUUCAGGUGGAAUCUUCUUUCUUGUAGUUUGAAUCCAUUGCUCCGUGUCCGCUUCUCUGGAGCAGCAGAAAAAACCUUUCUCCCUCCUCUAUAUGACAUCCUUUUAUAUAUUUGAACAUGGCUAUCAUAUCGCCCCUUAACUUUCUCUUCUCCAGGCUAAACAUACCCAGCUCCCUAAACAUAUUUGAAUGCAAAUCCCCCUUCAAAACCACAAACAAUUGCAGCUGAUUAGAGCUCGGAUCAGAGUCUACAACCUCAUCAUUAAUACCUCUAAAAAUACUAUAUAACGUUAGCUAGAAUAAUGGGUAGGGGAAAGCAAAGAGUAUAAUCUUGCUAAAUUGAAUUCCCAUUGACUUCAAUGGGAGAAUUAAGCAUGCAUUUAAAACCAUGUCCCACUGCACUGACCAGGAGUUGACUACCUUUUGCCUGGAUGGUCCCCAUCAACAGAUUUUGAACCAUUUUCUUCAACAGAUGGAAUUUAACCAAUCCCCAUAAGCUCUAUAAUAUUAUCGAUGAAGCAGGUUUGCAGAGAGUUGAUAGUUUUGUUUUGUUUUUUUUAAAAAAAUGUUACUGUUACAUUACCCUUAAUGAAGAGCAUACUAUGGCCGGAAAGAUUCCAGAGCCCUUAAGCUUUAUACUUGUGCUGAUAAAUUUGACAUGUUUCUGCAGCCUUGCAAAAGGCUUGGGCUUUAAAAUAUGGUGUUAGUUGCUGAAAAUGUUAUUCUAAGAAGCAGAGUAAUUUAAUAGAUAUUUUUUCUAAUGGGGCUCUUUUUGCCUUUUUACGUUUUAUGGCAGUAGGUGUUGUGCAUAUUGGUGUAUUGCUGCUAUACCUCAUCUAUACAUAUCAAUUAGCAUAUGCAAAUGUUAUGCAAACCUAUCUCCUCUUUCCCUUCUCUUUUUCAGUGCUGAAUUCCUCUUUCUUUUCUGUUUUUGGUGAUGCAUGAAUUGUCACUCUAGAUGGGAAAUGCCAGGGGUUGAACCUGAGACCCUGUGCAUGCAAAACCUUGACGCUAUGGGCAGUCCUCAUGAAUGUCAAUAAUUUAUUCCGAUUUAGUCCUUAAUGAAAUUUCCCUCCCUGCCCUUCUCUUUCAGCAUAUCUGCGUAGCAGCUCCCUAACACUUAACAGGAUACGAAGCAAGCACCUUUUCUUACUUGCCUCUUGCUUGCAUUAAUUGCUGCCAUCCACAAGUUUACUUUGCCAGCAUGGGUUGGCUAUGGAGUGCAGGUAUGAACUGCAUGUACAUCCAGGCUCUCCCCCCCCCAAAAAAAGUUAAAACUGUGAUGCCUCCUUAGUCUUAAAGCUUUCGGGGCAUUUUUGGUCCUAGGAGGACCAACUCAUUCUAUCCUUCUGGCAGAAAUUCACAAACCCCUUUGUUGCAGCUAAAGCAUCUAUUUAUUGGCAAUUCCAUAACCCGGGAGAAAGCAAUCCCUACAAUCCCUACAGGGUAUCAAAUCAAUGUCUCCUGUGUUUAAUGAGUUUAGUAGUCAAAGCAGAAGAAGACCAGGUUUUAUAUGGUCUGCCAAGAUGGCGCAUGAAGCAGAGAGAUGAAUGAUCUAAUUUAGAACUAAAAUACAUUCAACAGCAAUUAGUCCUAUAUGGAACAAUAUAUGCAAACACGUUAUUUUUAAGUCAAAGAGCAUCAAAGUAUUGUAUGCAUAUGUUUUGCUGAAUCAACAGCAGCAUUCUUUGGUAGGCAAGGAUUGCAUAAUGAACUUUUUUUU